ACUCUCCAGAGGCAGGAUGGCGUGGGACCCUCCCCCUCGGGGCCCAAUGGGAGGCGUCCGAUUUCCCCUGCUGGGCCCCGCCCUGCUCUGACGUCACGGCCCCCCUUCUCUCCCCGCUCCUCCAAAGUGGGAGGGGAGGGGGAGUAUGGGGAGGCCGGAGCUUUGCUUAAGCCGCGGGCGGGGAGAAGGCGGCGGCGUUGGCUUUGGCGGCGGAGGCGAGCGCUCCCGACCCGGGAGGAAGGCGAGGAAAGAAGGGAAGGAAGGCAGAGAAAGGGAGCGGGGAGGCAGGAGGUCGGCCAGGAGCGAGGGCUACCCUGGACAGCGCCCCUCGCCCUCCGGAGCAACGCCAGCCGCCGCCCAGCCGCCUCGCAAGCCCUCCUCGGCGGCAAGAUGGAGCAGCUGAAGGCUUUUGACCAAGAAGUAAAUGAGUUUGUGGACUAUCUCUUUGGACCUAGAGAUCCCAGGGUCAGAGGAUGGCUUAUGCUGGAUUCCUGCUUACCAACCCUUUUCCUCACUUUUUUAUACCUGGUCUUCAUAUUUCUGGGCACCGCUUUCAUGAAGAACAGACCAGCUUUGUCACUCAGGGGUCUCCUUAUUGUAUAUAACCUUGGAGUUACAGUGCUUUCCUUUUACAUGCUUAUAGAGCUAAUUCUUGCCACUUGGGAAGGAGGUUAUAAUUUACAGUGUCAGAACCUGGACAGUGCGGGAGAAGCUGACAUUCGGGUGGCCAAGGUGUUGUGGUGGUAUUACUUUUCCAAAGUCAUUGAAUUUGCUGACACCAUGUUCUUUGUGUUGCGGAAGAAAAACAGCCAAAUUACUUUCCUUCAUGUUUAUCAUCAUGCCACUAUGUUUAACAUUUGGUGGUGUGUUAUGAACUGGAUACCUUGCGGACAAAGUUUCUUUGGACCUACCUUGAAUAGUUUUAUCCAUGUCCUCAUGUAUUCCUACUACGGACUGUCCGUCAUUCCAUCCAUGAGGAAGUAUCUUUGGUGGAAGAAGUAUCUUACUCAGGCACAACUGAUUCAGUUUGUGCUCACUAUUACCCACACACUCAGUGCAGCUGUGAAACCAUGUGGCUUUCCAUUUGGUUGCCUCAUGUUCCAGUCCUCAUACAUGACCACACUGGUCAUUCUAUUUGUUAACUUUUAUGUUAAGACAUAUCGGAAAAGACCUUCAAGAACCGACACGAAAGAGGUCCCUCUGGUGACGGAAGUCAAGAAUGGAUUCCAUAAAGACUACCUGAUGGCAGCUAAUGGCGCCCUGAACUAUAAAAAAGCACAAUAAGUAGAAUUGAAUAAUUACAUUGUAGUGUACAAAAUCCCUCCUGCUCCUCCCCCUUUUUUUUCUAAAAAAGAGAAAAAACAGAAAAAGACUGAGUUGACCAGACCAUCAUACACAGUCUUAGUACAAGCUUAGACUCAGUUGGAUUAUGCUGACCUGUCCUUCUAUUCCCUGUUUAACUCCUUGCUGAUUACUUCAUAACAAUGCAGUUAUUUUUAAUAUUUUGAUAAAUACCACUAUUAAUACGAUGAGGGCUGUUAUCAUUUCAUUCACCCAAAACAAAGCCACUGUUCUGUUCUCCUUGACAUAGUCAGAAUGCUUCAAAGUUAUCCCUCAGGCAGAAGAAAUGCACCUCCUCUUUGCUUUGCUGGUUCCCUGCUUUUGCCUUCAAACGUUUGUCACUGGCAUAAUGCUUAUGCAACUCUGAGCAGCUGAAAAUGGAGACCCCACUCCCCAAAAUGGUGAAGCCAUUGGCCACUCUUGUCGCUUGAAAUAAGAAGGCAGGGGCGUGCUUUGAAUACUACUAUGAAAAGUAGCAGCAAACUGCAGGUUGCACCACAACAUUAUUUGUUGUUCAGAUAUGCAACAUCAUCUCUGCAUUUUAUUAUAUAUGCAAGGUGACACAAACUUCUUUUUAGUCUCCUUCCAGUCCCGGUUUUAUAGGUUGUGGGCAAAAGAAGUCACUGGUGUCCUUUAGAGCUUCAUCACAUUAGAUAAUGAAUCCACUUUAAAUUCGAUUGCUGCCUCCUGCAGAAUUCUGGGGUUUGUAGUUUAGAGAGGAGCCUUUUACAGCCUCACUAAACCACAAACCCCAGAAUUCUGCGGGCAGCAGAAACCGGAUUUUAAAUAGAUUUAUUCUCUGGUGUGAUGAGAAAAUUUUCUCACCAAUUCUAGCAAAACAGAGGAAGUUUAAAAUGUAAGGUGCAAUAUGAGUUAAGUUUCUGCUGUGGCAUCUGAGUUGAAAUGGCACCAUCUAAACCAGGGCGAAGAUUGUGAGGCUUUCCAGGUUUCGGUAAUGACACUUCCCAACAGCCCUAGCCAGCACAGCGGUGAGGAAGGUUGGGACUUGCCAUUCAGUAUCAGAAGGCCUCACAUGCUACCCAGUAAAAUAAACUAAAAAUCCAUUUGGAGGUACCACCUGUUAAACUGGGACUGUCCUCCAGAUUUUUAUCAUUGCAACUCCCAGCAGCCAUAUUCUAUGACAAAGAAUGCUGGGUGCCACAGCUCAACAAGGCCUGGCUGCUUGGAGAAAGCCCACCCAUUUUAAACUUUGAUUCCCACCCAUUUGAAGUCUAAAUGGGUAUAUCAGCUGCAAAUGAUUUCUCAAUAUAUGUGUCAAGCCAUACAUUCCAGAAUUGGAACACUAUCUUGAUGGUGUGAGACAGUCCUUCACAAAAGCUCUCAUAUACAAUAUUUUACUUAUUCAGUUACCUAGACAAUUCCCUGGCUCAAAACCUGGUGGUCUACAUGAGGUCCUCAGUCUGCAUUUGCAUUUGUGCAGCUUUAGAACAGAUGUUCAUGUUAUGUUAGAAAAUACUAUAAGAGCAUAUGACAGGUGCCAAUGUAAAAAUAAGCAUUAUUAUGGUUCAAGAGAUCACACAAUUGACAAGACCUAGAAAUACCAUCCCAAGCAAAGGGGAAUCCUUCCAAUUUCAGUGGGACUUACUUUCUAGUAUGGCUAUCUAGAUUGGUAGUUUGAACAUGAAAAGGCUUAACAACACAAUUUGAAUGCAUUCUUUUAGGAAUAGCUCCUGUUCCCCAGCAAAACAAAACCCAUGUGGGAAAGGUUUGCCUAUUACAUUUUAUUGGAGGAGGGCUUCCAUGUGAUCCAUGUAUAGUUUGCCACAAUACAUAAGCUACUUGAGAUAUGACCCCUGACUUUAGUGAAUGCUUUGUCCUCUGCAAAGUUUUAGUCUACAGCUCUCAUAACCACCUAGGAGUUUGGGAUAAUAAAACUAUAGUCUCCAAAUAUAGAAAGGGAGUCAGGUUGCUUUCCCUUUUAGUAAAAACAAUGACGAAAGGUUCAAUAAUGGUGGAUUAAUUCAACACAUAAGCAUUUUCCUUCAUGGAUGAAAAGCUAGGGAUCUUUUAAUACCCAGUGCCAGUAGAUACAUGCAUUUUGCAAGAAAGGGUUUUGCAGCAACUCUAAAUUCAAUCAAAUUUUAUGCAAAAUAUCUGAAUAUGAGAAUCGGCAUUUCAGUAUAAGAUGUUUUACCCAGUCAUAAUAUAAAAUGUAGACAUGUAAAUCAUUUGACUAAUUAGACUUGAUUUACAAAAGUAAAUAAUUGCUGUAGCUUUCUCCAAAGUGUUCUCUAUGUAUUCAGUUGCCCAAAGUGUUGGAUAGGAAUUAUUGAGCAGAGAAAAACACAUGGAUUUUUUUGCAUGAAAAAGCCGUUUUAUAUUUUGGGAACUAUGUUUUCUGCCCAGAAAAAAGUGCAAAAUAUUCCAUGAUUUCCUCUGCACAUUAAUACUAUCUAAUAUUUUGGAAUAUUUUAAUACUGGGAGAAAAUUGUACAAAAGUUUCUAUUAUUUUUCCUCAAAGGGAUAUCUGUGACUAUUAGGAAACCAGUUUUUCACCCUGUAAAUGAAAUUUCAGUCUGUCAACACUCUUUCUCAAUAGUAUGCACCAACCUAACAGAUCCUAUUUGCAAGGACAGGUUGCGUAUCCCUUAUCCAAAAUGCUUGGGACCAGAAGACAUUCUGAUUUCUUUUCUUUUUUUAGCAUUGGGAAUAUCAGUAUGUGCUUGGAUAUACAUAUAUAAUGAGAUAUUUUGGAGAGGGAGCCAAAGUCUAAAUAUGAAGCUCAUUUCUGUUUAGUAUACAUUAUAUGCACAAACCUGAAGGUAAUUUUAUAUAUACCUUUAAGACUGAUUUUGCAUAUGACAGAAAGUUAGUGUACGCUGAUCCAUUAAACAGAAAAUGUGCCACUAUCGCAGCCACCUAUGUGGAAAAGUAUAGAGUAUUUUGGAUUUUGGCAUUCAAGAUAAGGGAUGCUUAACCCGUAACACUAAAACUGUAGUUGUUCAAUGUUUCUAGCGGAGCUCUUUUCCAAAAAACUCAUCCAUCCCACUUGAUUUUGGAAACAUGAAAAUAGUUGAGUUUUACCCUUAGGUACACUUUAAUGGCACUGAAUGUAAGAAUGGGAAGAGCCCAUCAGGAAGGACAUUUGUGUACGAGUCCCGUCAAGUCGUUUCCAACUUAUGAUGACUCUAAGAAGAACUCACCAGAGUUUUCUUCAGCUAGAUUUCUUUAGAGGGAGGGUUGCUAUUGCCAUUCUGAGACAGAGAGUACAACUUGCUCAACGUGACCCAAUAGUUUUUCAUGGCUAAACAGGGAUUCAAACCCUGAUCUCCAGAGCCAUAGUCCACCACUCUAUACACUAUACCACACUAACUCAUGAAGACAUUUUCCAGCCAUUUAAAAAGGAGGAUGUUUUGGAAAUGUCACAGGCCAGGUCGGAUUUGAGAAACUGAGCCAGCAAAUAUUAAGUGUCCAUCUCUUCUUUUGUAGAAGUUUUUUUUAUUGUGUUGGAGGGAGAACGCUGCCUUACUCAAUCUUUCAAAGGGCUGAAAAAACGCAAUGCUAAGAUUCACAACUGCUUGUUAAAUGAUAAUCAGAUAUGCUCUGAAUAUACAAACAUAAUAAAAUGCUGCUGUUUUGAACCACCACUGGGAUGAUGACUUUUUGAAAAAAAUUGUGAAAAUUUACUCUUGGAAAAUAAAUAUACAUUUUACAGUCA